UCAACAUCUGCAACUGCAUCUGAGUCUGGAGUCUCAUGAUGUUUCUCUCCUGACUAAGAAGCAUGAUGAAGAUGAAGAAAGUAAGAAGAAGGAACAUUCUGCUGAUCCGGCGCUCAAAGCGCAGGGCUGAAGCAGGAACCCAUCUAAAUCUAAAUCUAAAAGGGUACGUUGUUGCUUCUCAAGGUAGAUGCAAUAUAUGGCUGCAAGGGAUGAUGCGGCCGCGUGGUCCCUCUGCCGACUUUCAUACGGUCGAUUGCUUCUUGGGUCCGCACAAUGCGGACUCCGGAAUCCACCUCUUUGCCGAAAUAUUGCGCAGGAGUCUUCCUCAUCACGGUGUCCGCGUCACUGUCGUAGUGUCACUUGUGGGACUUUCUCCUCGCUCAACGUCUGCGUAGAAGGGGGGGGAGGUCCCCGCGGAAAAGAAGCCACAAAUGGAAGCACAACUGAGGCUGAAGAUCAGAAAGGAGGUGGAGGCGAUAAUGUUGAAAAUUAUUAGUAUGAUGAAGCGGGAAUAAACGAUGCUAAGUUCAAAACUGGUCAGAAGUCAAUGAAGUGCUUGACGUGAUGGGGCGACUGGAUAAGCUCGAAGGACCAUCUGCAACCUCUUCUGCCUUGUCAAGUAGAGAGAAUUUUGACGGAGUUCCCUCAUCACGGGGUGAAGUUAAAACUUGGAGAAGAG